AUGAGCUCUUCUCAAUUUGUGGAAAACUUUGGAUCAUAUAAUCCUGCCACAAACGAAUGGGCCCUUUCAUCGCAGCAGCAGUCUUUGGGUACCGGCCUGGGUUACGUCGGUGUUAUUGUCGGUGUAUUCUGCGGCUCACCCCUCAAUGAACACCUGGGGAGAAAGAAAACCUUCUGGAUUCAAAGCUUCGUGGUGACAGUCGGAGUUAUAAUCGAGUCGACUACCAAAUCCAGCUAUACACAAUUCAUCAUCGGCAAGCUCAUCGUGUACCUCGGGGGUGGCAUUGCCACCAGUGUGAUCCCCGCCUACCAAGGCGAGUGUGCGCCCAAGUCCCUCCGUGGCUUGAUGUCCGGAACAUAUAACGCCUUCCUCAUGAUAGGAGGCUUUGCAGCUUCUCUUAUCGUGUAUCUUUGUCAACACAUCCCCACAGAUUGGGCAUGGAGGGUUGUGAUAGUGGCCCAAAUUGCCAUCCCCGCGGCCAGCUGGAUCAGUCUUCCCUUCUUGCCAGAGUCCCCGUACUGGCUCGUUUCACGAGGAAGAUUAGACGAAGCUGUGACUUCUCUCCAUCGUCUCCGCGGCUCCUCAUUCCCCGCUGAGGCAGAAGUCGCAGCUCUUCAGCUGCUGCAGGAGGAGCAGCGUGAGCGACAGGCAACCGCAACCUGGGCCGCCUGCUUCACCCAUCCGGUUAACAGGAGGCGAACAAUCAUUGCGGUCGGUGCCCAGGUCUUCCAGCAGGCCCAAGGCAUUUCUUUCGUCGCAAACUACCAAUCUGUCUUUCUUCAGGAGAUUGGAUUCAAGGAAGUCCUUCUGAUGGCUGUCGUGGUUUACGUUAUCGGUGUCGUGGCAAACCUCGUCGCCAUGGCCACCACUGAUCUGCUGGGCCGGCGUAACGUGCUGCUCUGCUCUUCUCUGAUGCUGGGCGCCUGCAUGAUCACGAUCGGCGGAUUGACCGCCAACGGCGCCGAAGCCAUGUCUUACUCCAUGCAAGUCGCGGCGGUCGUGAUGCUGAUGCUAUGGUUCUUCUCCUUCCAGAUCACAUGGGGGCCUCUGGCAUGGGUCUUGACAGCCGAAGUGCCUCCAAACCAAGUCCGAGAGAAGACCGUAGCGAUGUCCGGAAUGGGAGCCUACAUCAUCGGAUUGAUCAUUGUGUUCGUCAAUCCCUACACUCAGGCCGAGAUCGGUGGUAGAGUCGCUUUCAUCUACGGGGGUCUCUCUGUGGUGGCGUUUCUUUUCGCCUGGUUCUUUGUCCCGGAGUUGAAUCAACGCUCCCUGGAAGAGAUUGAGCAGAUGUUUGAAGACCGACUCCCAACACGGACAUUCAAGUCGCAUGUCUGCCGGGCGCCAGCGGAUGUUACUGAAAAGAAGGAGGCAGAUGUUUUCAUUGAGAAUGUGUAA